UGCAGGGUGCUGGGUAAAGCAGGUCGGUGGAAUGGUUUGGAUUAAGACAAUUUCCCUCAAGCCAGAGGGAUUUAUUGAAGGGACUGACCAUGGGAUUAACAACACACAGAAUAACUCCCCGAGGCUUCUGUGUAACUGAAGUACAGUUAAUGUGCUUGCUUGCUUCAGUCAAAUCCAUGGGUGCCCUCAGGUCAAGACAGUCAAGAAGCUACAAUCCAAAUGCUAAAUGCUCUUUUUCCCUAAAAUAUUCCAUGCCUCCAUCCUAUUUGGAAUUAUGUUGCUCUCGCUUAGUUCUUGUACUCCCAGAGACAAAAUGUAACCUACUGUGUGUUCUUUGCAAAUUUCAACACCAUUUAUAGCCGCCCCUCCUUACUAAAGAUUAGAGGAGUUUCAGCUAGGUCAUACAGAAACACGGGGAUACAAAAAAUAUAAAGAACUUUUAAUGCAAAGAACUAAAAAUGAAUUUACUUUAUUUGACACAAUUUAUGUUGUUUCUGAAAAACUGUUUGUCUUCAUAUGCAGUAAAGCACACUUAAGCAGCGCUCAGUAAAAUUCAGCAGUGACAUGUUAGAAGAGCCAGAUUUUAGUGGGGUUUCAUUUGGAGCUUUUGAUUGCUUUUAGAAUACGGGAGUCUCUUGUGUUGGCCCUCUUCCUCUAGCCUGAUUGCAGAGGUUUUCCCAGAAGAUGCGUAGCUUUUAGCACUGCAGAUCAUGGGUCCCUCGGAGAGAGUGCAGUAGCUCCAGUAGUGUCUACCUGCGCUCCGUGAGCCCGAGAGCAGCGCCAGGCUGCGGCUCUGCGGAGCCCGCCCCGCUGCCAUCACGCCGCUCGCCGACCUCACCGUGGCUCCGGCAGCGGAAACGCGUCACGGCCCGCACCAAGCUCGGGGUCGCGGCGGCCGCAGCGUCGGGACGGGCUUGGAUUUGGACACAGUCUGGGACAAGUGUUCCCUGCCGGUGCCUUGUGGUCCCCAGCGAGGCUCUCAGGAAUAAAUGCGCGCCUGUUCCCCGCGCGGCACGCUGGCCGCCGCCGGCGGGGCGAGGCUCGGCCUCCGAACUCGCCCCCCUCCGCCUCUCCUUCCAGCCGCCCGCGGCCCCGCCUUCCCAGGCUGCGACGCCCUCCCCGGCAUCGCCGGCCCCGCCCCGCCGUGCGACGGCGCGGAGCGCCGGGCACCCACGUGGAGCGGGCCGGGCCGGGAUGGGCAAGCGGCGAGCCGGGCGGGAGCUGCUGCGCAGCCUGAGCAAGAAGCAGAAGAAGCACCUGCGGGAGUUCGGCGAGGAGCACCCGUUCUAUGACAAGGUUUCUGGAAGACCAGAAGAAACUCAAAUAUGUGAACUGUCUGAGGAUUCUGAUAAAUCAAGUAAAGAAAGUGAUUCAGAGACUGAAGCGGAACAGGUCUCUGGAUAUCAUAAGCUCCUGGCUACCCUGAAGACCUCGCCUGAGUCUGAGAGUGAGGAAGAGGAAGAUGAAAGUGAAUCAGAAGAAGCUGAGGAAAGUGAGGCAGAAAUGGACAGUGAAGGGUCCCAGAAGACUGGAGAAGGAGAGGAAGGUGAAGAAGAUAGGAAUGAUGUUCCAGAGGAGGAAGAAGACACAGCAGAGCAGAUGCUCAGCCAGGAGCAGGCUGAUGGCACAGAUACCUCUUGUGACCCACGUCAUGGAGUAAUUGAGGAGUUUACUGAUGUGAAACAUGAAUCUGAAUUUAGCUUGGAGACCAAUUUCAUGGAAGAGGAGAGUGGAGAUUGCAAUGCAGAUAGGAGAGACAGCAGUUCUUCACAAGCUCUUCCAGAAGAUCCAUUUAAGCAGCACAUGGACAAAGAACUUGAAGAAAAGGAAAUAGAGAAAAUGUCUACGCUUCCUAAAACUUCAAGUCAAAGUCAGUGGCCAAGGCUGGGUCAAGUAAUCUUUUCUUCCACUUUGGAAAAACAUAAAACUUUGAAAGCAGACAAAGAAGUCGAUGUGAAACAGCUUCAUCUCCACAAGCCUUUGGAAUCCACUUGGCCAAAAGUGAAUAAACAAUUUCUGUCUGCAGUGGACAAACCAAUUGAUUCCUCUUUUACCCCGUUACAAAGAGAGCUCUUCUGUAUCAUGAAUUCCUACCGGGACUUGUUCUUCCCGGAAAGAAAUGCUUUAACAAACGGAGAAGAGAUCCGGCACGCUUACUGCCUGCAUGCCUUGAACCACGUCCUCAAGGCCAAUGCCCGGGUGCUCAGCAACAAUGCCAAACGGAGGGAUCGAAAGCCAGGCACUGACACCGAUGACCACAGGGAUCAGGGGCUCACCAGGCCUAAGGUACUGAUGAUAGUGCCCUUCAGGGAAUGUGCUCUGCGGAUUGUGCAUAUUUUCAUCAGUCUCCUCGAAGUGAAUGACAAGAAGAAAAUAGAUGUAAGUAAUAAAAAGCGCUUCAAAGGGGAGUUUGGCUCUGACCCAGAAGAGAAGCCCCCCAACCUGAAAAGACCUGAAGAUUAUGAAGCCGUCUUUGCUGGCAACAUUGAUGACCACUUCAGAAUUGGGGUUGCGAUCCUGCAGAAGAGCAUGAGACUCUAUGCACCCUUCUACUCCUCAGACAUCAUCAUUGCCUCUCCCCUGGGCAUCAGGACUGUCAUUGGUGCAGAGGGGGAGAAGAAAAGAGACUUUGAUUUUCUGUCAUCAAUAGAAAUCCUCAUAAUUGAUCAAGCAGACAUUUACCUGAUGCAGAACUGGGAACAUGUUCUGCACCUGAUGAAGCACAUUAACCUGCUGCCUCUGGAUUCCCACGGGGUGGACUUUUCCCGAGUGCGGAUGCUGAAUCUCAACAACUGGUCCAAGUACUACCGGCAGACGCUGCUGUUCAGUGCCCUCCAGGACCCCCAGAUUAACUCUGUCUUCAACAAACACUGCUUCAAUUACAUUGGGCAGGUGGCCGUCCGCAACAUGCCGCUCACUGGCUCCAUCAGCCACGUUGUGGUCCAGCUUCCUCAUGUUUUUCGGAGAUUAGAAGCUGACAGUGUAACUGCUGUGAUAGAUGGAAGGUUUCAGUUUUUCAUCGACAAAGUUCUGCCCGAGUACCGCGACGCCAUCAUGUCCCACACGCUCAUCUACGUCCCAUCCUACUUCGACUACGUGCGCCUUCGAAACUACUUCAAGAAAGAGGACCUGAAUUUCACUCACAUCUGUGAAUACACCAAAAAGGCUGCUGUCUGCAGAGCAAGGCGCUUCUUUCUCAAGGGAGAGAAGCAGUUCUUAUUGUUCACUGAGCGUUUCCACUUCUACAAAAGGUAUACGAUAAAAGGCAUUAGGAACCUCAUUUUCUACGAGUUACCAACAUACCCCCACUUCUACAGUGAGAUUUGUAACAUGCUGAAGGCCACAGACAGCGGGGUGGAUGCUACUUGGACUUGUACUGUGCUCUACUCCAAGUACGACGCUCAGAAAUUGGCUGCAGUGGUUGGCAUAGACCGCACCGCUCAAAUGCUACAGUCCAAGAAGAAUGUGCACCUCUUUGUUACAGGAGAAAAUGAUUAAGUGAUUCUACAGACCGGAUGAUUGGAUGGACCUGCAUUUUACUCCUAAUGCAGAUUUUUAUAUUGCUUUUUAAAAAAGUAUUAAACUUUUUACUCCCUUUUGUUAAAUAUUCUGUUGCAAUUGUAUAGUAUUAAAUUGCGUAUUUCAGUACUCUGCCCAACAAGAAAUGAAGGAUGUCAUUCAAAAAAGCAGGGCUUAGAAGCUGUUUUCUGUGUAGAAACAAAAUCAAUCCAGAAACUAUUUUUCAUGUAUAUUAAAAAACUCAUGGGUCAGUAAAGAUUCAUGCAGUGAUAAAUA